AUGGCAACACUUCCGAACCCAACGUCCCCAUCGGACACUAAGCGCACACUUCAGAAAGCUACAGUCGAAGACAUACCCACCCUUAAAGCCAUGGUCGAUGCCGCCUAUUCAAAAUAUAUCGAGCGCAUUGGCAAACCACCAGCUCCUAUGACACAAGACUGGGACGAGGUGAUCCGCACGCGCGAAGUUCUCAUCUUAAGAGACAAUGAGCGGAACGUGGGCUCAAUUACCUUCUGCGAGGACAAGCAGACAAAUUCGCUGAAAAUCAACAAUGUGGUAGUCGAUCCGAAUGUGCAAUCUCGGGGCUAUGGAUCGUAUAUGAUCAAAUAUGCAGAAAGUGAAGGUCAAAAACUGGGCCUGCCCAGUGUAACAUUAUUCACCAAUGUGAAGAUGUUCGAGAAUCUUGGGUACUAUCCGAAAUUGGGAUUUACGGAGACGGAACGAAGAGUGGAGGAUGGGUUUGAACGUGUAUAUUUCUAUAAAAAGCUUGGUGAAUGA